AUGGAUCAUCGGAAGCGCCGCAAGGCAUGGGAUCGUAGCUUCAGCAUCAAAGCUCUUGCGACUUAUGAGCCACGUGUUAAGGGCAAGGUAGACCAGCUUGCUUCUUAUAUUAAAAGCAGCCUAGGUCAGCUUAUCGAUGCUAGUGCAUGGUCCAUGUUUCUCGGUUUUGAUAUCAUGGGAAAUGUUGGGUUUGGAAAAGAGUUUAACAACCUGGCCACAGGCAUGGAGCAUCCGGCGAUCAGAGGCGUUCAUGACCAUAUGGCUAUUCUCGGGAUACUGGGUCAUGUUCCUUGGCUUUUGAACCUUGCCAGCCGUAUCCCAGGAGCGGCGUCUGGAUAUUCUAGUUUCUUUCGGUGGUGUGGAGAUGAAAUUGAGCAAAAGCAAAAGAAUUGGGAUAUGAACAAGAGCCCACAGGAUAUUGUCUCGUGGCUGUUGAAGGCCUAUGUCGAGAAGGACAUUUCUGCGGCUCCGACUGAGGCUGCCCUUCAUGAGGAUUCAAGAGUGGUUAUAGUUGCUGGCAGCGAGACUACAGCUACCACUUCGGCAUCUGCGCUCUACUAUCUGGCAAAGAAUCCCGCCAUACUGUCAAAGCUGCAGUGCCAUCUGGAUGAAGCCAUGCCAGGAAGGUCAAAAGAUUGGUCAUACGAGAAGGUUAAGUCUGUCACUUAUCUCGACGAUAUUAUCCACGAAACACUUCACCUGCGACCUGCUAUAAUGACGGGUGGCUACCGGGUUACCCCAAUCGAGGGAAUCCAGGUUGAUGAGGAGUAUAUUCCCGGGGAUGUUAAUGUUUUCGUUCCAGUGCAAUUGAUUCAGACGGAUGAAAGAUACUACACCGAUGCCAAACAAUUUGUACCAGAGCGAUGGACCGAGAGCAAAGAAAUGUGCUCCGAGGGCGCUCCUUUCUUUCCAUUUGUACUUGGACCCUAUGCUUGCCCCGGGAAGAACUUGGCGAUGAUGAGUCUUCGCAUUUCGCUUUCUACUUUGGCACAGUUAUUCCACAUUCAAUUCGGUCCUGACGAAACUGGGGAAGCAUUUGAAACAGAGACACGGGAUACUUUCACUACCACGCUUGCUCCAUUACAAAUCCAAUUCCAGCCGCGCUGA